UCAAAUUUCUUUUUUGCUCUUACCCUAUUAAUUCAGUUAGUUAAGACUUAAGUUUAACUUUAAUCUAUUACUAUUUUUCAUUUCAAUAUAUCAUACAAUUUUAAUUUGUUGAAAAAAUAGAAAUAAAUAAAUGUCAGUGAUAUUAGCAAAUGUGUGGAAGUAUAAUAAUUUAUUAUAUUCUUGGAGAUUUGUUACUAAAAAACCACUACCAAAUUGCAGAACAAUUAUGUCUUCAGAUAGAAAAAGAAAUGGAAAAACUGUUACUGACGAUAAAGGUGUGCUAAAAAUUACAAUUGGUGAUGUAAAAAAACUAACUAAAUCGUCAAAAACUCCAGAACUAGUUCCAGUUGAAUACUUGAAUUUGACUUGUAACCAAGAAGCUAUGGCACAUUUACGAUGGAUGCUUCAAAAAGACAUACUUGGGCAAGAUAUGUUUUUGAUUGGUAAACCAGGUCCUCAAAGACGUCGUUUGGCUAUGGCUUAUUUAGAGCUUACAAAUAAACCUGUAGAAUUUGUGUCACUGUCUCAAGAUACUACAGAAGCCGAUUUAAAACAACGUAGAGAAAUUGUCGAAGGAACUGCUAAAUAUAUCAACCAGAGUGCUGUUAAUGCCGCAAUCGAAGGUCGUGUAUUAAUCUUAGAUGGAAUUGAAAAAGCCGAACGUAAUGUUUUACCCAUUUUAAAUAAUUUGCUAGAAAAUCGAGAAAUUCAUUUAGAAGAUGGUAGAUUUUUAGUAGCACCUAAAACAUAUGACAAACUACUACAAGAACAUGGACUAGAACAUAUGAUGAAAUGGAAUUUAGUACGUGUCAGUGAAGAAUUUUUUGUUAUAGCUUUAGGUCUUCCGGUUCCUACAUUUAGCGGUAUUCCAUUAGAUCCACCAUUAAGAUCUCGAUUUCAAGCUCGAAAUAUAAUGACACCUUCUUAUUCGACCAUGUUGAACGAUUUGAAGGCCGAAUAUCCUAUGGUACCCGAAAACAAACUGGAACAAGUGUUGUCUUGCGCAUAUGCAUUGGCCUCUCCAGAAUCCAGCGAUCUUGGGCUGCAUUAUUUUCCAAUAGAAAACAUACCCGUCGCUGUUAAAUUAAUCUGUAAUAAUCCUUCAGUAGCAGCCGACAGCGUACUGAAACGGCUUUACCCGUAUGAAAGCUUUAUGAACGCUGAUGGAAAACGUGCUGUUAAUAAUAUUAUGUCGACAUUUUGCCCGGAAGAAAACGAACCUAUCAAACGUCAUGUUUCCUCAGUCAGCCAACCAGAUGACAACAAAGUUGAAAUUGUAUUUAAUAACUCUGCAAGUUUUUCUGCUCCUUGCGGAUCUAUGUUAACAAAUACAGCUAUUGAUCAACACCUCAUAAAAACUAAUUAUCAAGAUGUUGUUUUGUCCGAUCUUGCACUAAGUCAUUCCGCAAAUGACAUUUGUAUAGUUGGGCCUAGAGGUUGUGGUAAAACUGCUAUUGUCAACCAAUUUGCCGCUAUAUUAAAUUAUGAUGUCGAGACAAUUUCACUAUAUCAGGAUCUAACUUCUAGAGACUUGAUUCAACAAAGAACUACAUUGCCCAACGGUGAUACAGUUUGGAAAUACAGUCCGUUAGUGGUAGCAGCUAUUGAAGGAAAGCUCGCAGUUCUUGAUGGACUCCAUAGAUUGCAUUCUUCUACAUUAUCGAUUUUACAUAGAUUAAUUCAAGAUCGCGACCUUCAACUGCACGAUGGAACUAGAUUAUUGAAGUCAGAUAGAUAUGAUAAACUAGCUAAUAAAUUAGGAUCGAGUGUUUUAGAAAAGGCAAACAUUCUUCGGGUUCAUCCUGCUUUCAGGAUCAUAGCUCUUGCAGAACCACCUGGCGGUACUAUUCCUCAAUGGAUUACACCAGAAGUUCUUAAUAUGUUUUUAUUCCACGAGCUCAGACCGUUAUCUGCUGUCGAAGAACUUAGUAUUGUACAACAUCUUUAUCCAAAUAGCACACAACCUAUGAAGAGUUUAGUGUCUGUAACAAAGAAACUUAGAGAAUCGACAGAUGCAUACUUAAAUUCAUUGGCACCUUCAUUGUCUACACGUCAGUUGUUACGCAUUGCAAAAAGGCUAAACAAAUAUUCUGAUUCUGAUUUUUAUAGUAUAGUCAACAAAGCUUGUUUGUCUCAAUUUUUACCACAACUAACCAAACAAGUGCUUGAAAAUACUUUGUACUCAUGCGGUAUAAAACCUCAGUCUAUCAAACAAGAUGAUUCCUUGAUUCAAUGUAAAUAUGAUGAUGACUCUUUGACCAUUGGACAAACUACUGUCUUACGAUAUAAGACUAAUGCUUCAAGCAAAGUUCCUAAUGUUUUAUUUUAUGAUUUACCUCAGCAUUUAAGGCAACUAGAACUUAUGUUGCAAGAUUUUAUUUUGGGAGAACAUCUGUUAUUGGUAGGUAAUCAAGGUGUUGGUAAAAAUAAAUUGGUAGAUCGUUUUUUACAACUAUUGAAUCGGCCUAGGGAGUAUAUUCAACUUCAUAGAGACACCUCUGUUCAAUCAUUAACAAGUCAGCAAACAGUAGUUGACGGAUUACUGCAAAUCGAAGAUUCACCUUUAGUAAAAGCUGUAAAGGCUGGCUACGUUUUAGUGAUUGAUGAAGCUGACAAAGCACCAGCUCAUGUAACUUGCGUACUAAAAAACCUUGUAGAAACUGGAAACAUGAGGCUUGCUGAUGGUAGACUAAUUGUUAGUGGUGUUAACAAUGUGUCCAAAGAUGAUACUGUGAUCAAUCUUCACCCCGAUUUUAGAAUGAUAGUUUUAGCUAACAGACCGGGAUUUCCAUUUUUAGGCAACAAUUUAUUUAGUACAUUAGGAGAUGUAUUUAGUUGUCAUGUUGUGGACAAUCCUAGUCGUGAAUCUGAAACUCAGUUGCUAAAGAGCUAUGGCCCUAAUGUUGCUGAAGAAGUUAUUGAUCAAAUCAUUGCAGCUUUUGGAGAUUUAAGACAGCUAUUCGAUAAAAAUCUAGUAUCUUAUCCAUACUCGACUCGAGAAGCAGUCAAUAUUGUCAAACACCUGCAAACAUACCCUCAAGAUUCUUUGAUAGAUUCUAUUAGAAAUGUAUUUGACUUUGAUAGUUACUCAAAAGAAGCCCAAGAAGUAAUCACAAAUGUUCUUAACAAACAUAAAAUGCCAAUAAAAUUAUCUCCAUGGUCUGGUUCAAAACAAAAUCAAAAUCUACAAAUCACAGUUGAAAAAGAAAGUGGCCUGGAUGUGUCAAGUCCAAAACACGGGAAAGUGGAUGAAAAGAACGAACCUCAUGUUGGAGGCAAUACAUGGGCAGGAGGUACUGGUGGUCGAGAUACAGCCGGGUUGGGUGGAAAAGGAGGUCCUUACAGACUUGAUGCCAAGCAUAAGGUCUUCCAGGUGAGCGAAGAAGAAAAAAAUGCUGUUCCUGAACACGUCAAGAAAGCGGCGAGGGAAAUGGGUCAAAAGGCAUAUAAAGAGCGUUUAAAGCAAAUAGAAAUGUCUGAAUACGAUGACAAAGUGUACAAUGAAUAUUCUCACCCUGUACAAAAACAAGUACAAGCCUUAAGAGUCAUAUUGAACUCAUUACAAGCUAAGUCUCAGGAAAGACAAUGGGUGAGACAUCAAACAACUGGUGAACUUGAUGACACUAAAUUAAUUGAAGGUGUUAUUGGAGAAAAGUCAAUUUAUCGUAAACGCAGUAAUUUGGAUCCUCAAAUCGGAGCCCCUCAGUUAAAGCCAAAACGUUUACGUUUUAUUGUUGAUGUAUCAGGUAGCAUGUACAGGUUUAAUAGCUACGAUGGACGUUUAGACCGUGAACUCGAAGCAGUCGUAAUGGUAAUGGAAGCCCUUAGUGGAUUCGAAGACAAAAUAUCUUACGAUAUUGUUGGCCAUUCUGGUGAAACCGAGUGUCUUAAAUUUGUCGAUAAAUCUAAUCCACCUACUGACAAUAAAAGGCGACUUGAAGUUAUUAAAAAAAUGCAUGCUCACACUCAAUUUUGUUUGUCUGGUGAUAAUACUCUUCAAUCAGUUGUGUAUGCACAGAAAACAUUGGAAGCAGAAAGUAAAGAAUAUGACGAAGCUAUUAUUGUAUUACUGUCUGAUGCUAAUUUAGCACGUUACAAUAUACGCCCUGAGAAAUUAACAGCCGCAUUAACUCUCAGUUCAGAUGUACAAUCAUUUGCAAUUUUUAUCGGAUCUCUUGGCGAUCAAGCAGAUAUAUUAAAUAGGAGUCUGCCUGCCGGUAAGAGUUUUGUGUGUAUGGAUCUCAAACACAUACCUCAAAUUAUUCAACAAAUAUUUAUGUCUUCCAUUAUGAAUGUACUUUAAAAUACCUAUCAAAGUAUAUAAAACAAUAUUUUAUUUUAUUUUAUUUUAAUAAUGUACAAUAUAUUUUAUAAACAUGACACUAUUAUGUGUACUUAGUUACAAAUUGUAUAGAUUUUGGUUAAUGG